UUAAAUAUAAGAGGAAAUUAAAUUACCUCAACUCAAAGAAAAAACGCAACUCUGUUUACAUACAUAAACUUACCUUCGUCUAUUCUCGCAGACUCUCUCCGGUGAACUGAUUUUUCUUCUUGCCGCCGCCAAUUAGUCGCAGCUUUCAAAACCCUAACCGUAAUUCUUUUCCGUCAACAAUCUCUUUAAUACCAGUAAAUGGCGGCCAAACCACUUACUCGUGAGGAAAUUGCUAAUACUGAGAAGAAAUUGGAUAUGCCAUUAGAGGACAUCAUAAAAUUGUCUAAAAAUACAACUAAUUUCAAGAAACAGCAAAGAGCUCCGAAUAAAGGUCGGAAAGUUUUUAAUAAUGCUGCACAGGAGAAAGCUUUGAAAGUGCAGCGUUAUAUGGACUCAAGACCCUUUGUUCGACAGGGUGCUUUAGCUCAAAGAAGGUCGAAUUUUCAGGGGAAUCAAUUUCGUUUAACUACUGAGGUUGCACGGAAGGCUGCAGUUGCUUCAUUUCACAGCAGGCCUUUUGAUCGUAGUACGGUGGCUAAUUCAGACAAAGCAAGGACUGGAGCUUUUAUGGUUCAGAGGGCUGCAAAUGGAGGAUUUGCUACCAAGUCAGCACAACAGCCACAGCAACUGAAACAGCAACAGCAUAAGCAGCAAUUGGAUGGAGGUGUUAAGCCGAGGCCUCAAACUCUGGAUUCACGAUUUGCAAACAUGAAGGAGGAGAGGAUGAAGGUCUUGUCGAGGCAGAAUAACAUUGGACAGCGCAAUGGAAAUGGUUUCCGACCAAGAGUGCCAUGGGCUAGAGGCCGGUGGCAACCCAUGCAUGGGUUUUCCUACUAGAUGUCAGCCAGAAUGAAAGCUGUUGGUGCUGAAUCAAAAGCGUUAUAAGUUCUCGUCUCUUUGGUUUCCUGGAUAUCAUGUUAUGGAAGUUGGGGUAACUGAGUGGGCGGAAUGUGAAAGUCUUUUCCUUUAUUCGUUUUGUGUUGAACCACAACUUUCAUCUUGGUGCUCCUUGCGGCAUUGUAUAUAAAGGAUAUUAUGUCCAUUUUUUCCGCCUAUUAUUCAUGAUUUUUUUUUUCUCGUUUUAGCUGGGAAAUGCUCAAGAUAUUUCACAUAAGUGUAGAAAGUGGAACCUGCUCAACUUGGUUAUUCGGCUUAUAGAGAGUUUUUGAUAUU